UGGACAUCGUCGCGGAACAGGUCGUCAUCGAUGCCUCCGUCAUGCCGUCGCAGCAACUCGCCAUGCCUGUCGCGGCUUCCCAAAUGCUGGCCAUAUCUUCGCAAUUAUUGGCUUCGCAGGAUCAUGAACAAGAGCAAGACACCAGCUUCGCUUCGCAAGAUGAGAAUUCCAUUCCUGCUAUCCAAC